AGUCAUUUCAAACGGACAUAAUGUCUACAUCACUAAAUAAUGCAUAUAAAAAACAUGUGUGGGAAUAUUAUGUGAAACUAUCGGAUUUUGAAGCACAGUGCAAAUUUUGCGAAAAUAAAUAUAUAUAUUUAAGAGAUGAAUACUUAAAACCACAUAUGGCAAUAAAUCAUAUAAAAAUUUGGAAAUACGAAGAAGAGAAAACAAUAAUAAAAGGGCCAUGGAUGUUUUUCAAAUAUUUAAACAAAUCUUGUUUACAAUGCGUUAUCUGUGAUACACAUGUUCUGUCUACGUUCGAAUAUGUAGAAAAUCACUUGAGUACACAUACUGAAAAACAACGGGAAAAUCAUACAUUUCGCAGUUGGCCAUGGAAAUAUUUGACAAAGAGAGAUGAUUUUGUAGCGGAGUGUAAUAUUUGUAAUAAGAAUAUAUCUCUUCAAGUUUAUGAUUACUUGGUUAUUCAUAUAAAAGUGAAACAUUGGGACAAAUUAAAAAAUACGCAAGAAACACAUGACGCAGUUGGUUCAUCACAAUGCGUUUCAUCACUUCAAACAAACACAUCGUCAAAGUCACUAAAAAUUGUAACUAAGAAACAUCUGUGGAAAUAUUUUGUUAAACUUCCGGAUUUUAAAGCGCAGUGCAUGUUUUGUAAGAACAAAUAUAAUUAUAUAAGCACUAUAAAUUUCCGUAAUCAUAUGGAAAAGUAUCAUAAAAAAACUUUGAUAUACGAACAAGAAAGAAAACUAAUGAAAUUGCCAUGGAUGUAUUUUAAGUAUUUAAACAAAUCACAUUUACAGUGUAUUAUUUGUGACGCAAAUGUUCUGUCUACAUCCGAAUCUGUAGAAAAUCAUUUGAGUUCACAUUCUGAAAAACAACGAAAGAAUCAUAUCCUUAGCAGUUGGCCAUAUAAAUAUUCGACAAAAAAAGAUGAUUUUGUAGCGGAGUGUAAUAUUUGUAAUAAAAAUAUAUCUCUUCAGGUUCAUGAUUACUUGGAUAUUCAUAUAAAAGUGAAACAUUGGGACAAAUUGAAAAAUACGCAAGAAUCACGUGACACAGUUGAUUCGUCAGAACGUGUUUCAUCACUUCAAACGAACACAUCGUCAAAGUCACUAAAAAUUGUAACUAAGAAGCAUCUGUGGAAAUAUUUUGUUAAACUGCCGGAUUUUAAAGCGCAGUGCACGUUUUGCAAAAAAAAUAUUGUUAUAUAACCAUUAAUAAUUUCCGAAUGCAUUUUGCAAGACAUCAUAGAAAAAUUUGGAAAUACGAAGAAGAAAAGAAACUAAUAAAAUUGCCAUGGAUGUAUUUUAAGUAUUCAAACAAAUUAUAUUCACAAUGUAUUAUCUGCAAUGCAAAUGUUCGAUCUACAUCUGAAUCUACAGAAAAUCACUUGAAUUCGCAUUCUGAGAAACAACGAAAGAAUCAUAUCCUUCGCAGUUGGUCAUAUAAAUAUUGGACAAAAAAAGAUGAUUUUGUAGCGGAGUGUAAUAUUUGUCACAAGAAUUUUGUUCUUAGUAUUCACCACAGGCUGAUUUCUCAUAUAAAAAUGACACAUUCGGACAAAUUGAAAAAUACAAAUUAAGGAAACACAUAACACAGUUGCUGAAAGUUUAGAGGAUUACUCGCAUUUUAAGGAACAGUUAAAAAAAGCAUACAUUUCAGAGUUGGCUAUGGAAAUACUGUCCCAAAAGUAAAGUUUUGAAGUAGAAUGUAAUAUUUCUCACUAAUACAUAUUCGUUGCUACUAGAACUAAUUUUAAUGACUAUUAAGAAUGAACAUCAUUUGGCAAGCUAUAUAAAUUGAAUAAAAAAAUCUCCAUUUAUCCGGAAAUUGACAAUGGGAAAUGAUGGUAACGGCGUCCAAGUAACAUCACAACCAGCAAUAAUAGUAGUCUUAGUUUUAACGAUUUUUGUUUAUUAAAAAAUAUAUAUAA